CUGGCGCCUGAUGUGACGUGUCGGCACCUGACGGCUGACGCGCCGGAAAAGCGCCCGCGGUCACCGCCGAAAAAGAACGAUAAAAGUGGCAGCCGCGCACGAGGCGCUCGAAAGAGAGAUCGGCUGCGCCUGGACGCCCGACGCGCGUCCCCGGCCACGGCCACGCGCCGGCCGGCGAGGCGCCUCUUCGGCGACGGACGCGCUGCAGGACGACACGUGUGCACCUCCUGCCGCUCCCGGAGAGCCGGCGUAGGUGGAUUAGGAAAUGCGGCGACGGAUUAAGUAGUGCGCUCGCUUGUUCGGCAGCAGCGUGCGUGAACGACCCGAGCUUUUGAGACGGACAGGCCCUAAAAUAUUGACGGGCACGUAUGGAAAUGGCAACGGGCUGGUCGUGAGGGCGAGAUGAUUGUCAGGUAGUGCCGAACAGUACCCCAGUUUGGGCAGUGGGUCGGUGGUCCUGAUCGAUGCACAAGCUUACUCUAAUGCACGGGGACGCGUUGAUCCAGAGUACUCCGUGAAUUGGCGUGCUUAUAGUUUACCGUGGCGCUAUCCUGUGGCGUAUCUUUGGGAGCAGUGAGGUGAAAGUUUCUUGACAAGAUGACUUUUGCAGUGCAGCUAGCGAGGCCAGCAACAGAUUACUCGGUCUCGAAGCGUCAGUGGUCCAAUUGUCCAACGGGCAGCCGUGACACGGCCGGUCCGAUCCUGCCCCGACACCACCCCUUCCGGGGAGCACGCACGAAAGCGCCCGCCGCGCGUCUAUAUAGAGGGAGCCCGCCGCCGCCUGUCAUCUCCGUCCUCGCAUAUGCACGUUGGCUACUCACCAGUGGUAGUACUGCCGUUUCCGGUUGCCCCUGACUACGUGCCGGUUUCGACCUUAAGUUAGCCAUAUCGUACGCGCAGCCACAGGAGCGGAGCGACGCGUGGGAUCGAUGAGCGAGGGCGCGCGGAACACGCGGCAGUUCCGUGGCGCGUGGAGCGGCGGCGGCGGGACGGGUGGCAUUGGCAGCGCGAGCUACUGGGAUGGCGACGGCGGCAUUGGGUUCCCGCGCUACAGCGGCGUCAACACGGGGAUCCUGGACGAGCAGGUGCUGUCGCUGGUGUUCCGCUACAUCAACUGGGACCCGCAGGCGCUGUGCACGGCGGCGAGCGUCAGCAGGCGGCUCCACGCCGUCGCGGAGCGCGUGCUCUGGCGGGAGCUCUGCAUCUCGCGCGCGCCGCGGAUGGUGGCGUCGCUCACGGCGGCCGCGGGGGCGGGCGUGGGAGGAAUAGCGCCCCCGCCGCCUCCGGGGCGCAUUGGCGGCGGGUGGCCGGCGCUGGCGAAGCUGCUCUCCUUCUGCUGCGGCGCGGCGGGGACGGCCGUGCCGGUGCCGGUGCCGGGGCACCUCACGCGGGUGUCGCGCUUCUCCAAGACCUCCGGGAGGAGCUUCCUGUCGCGGCGCUGCAGGAGCGACAUGCUGUACGUGUCCGACCCGUGCGAGCACGCGGUGCCCGGCGCGGACGACGACCUCGGCGCCUACCGCGGGGUGUUCCGGUGGUUCAUGCGGUCGCGGACGCGGGCCUGCCUGCUGGGCCGCCAGGCCGAGCUCGACCCGCGCGUGCGCUGCCCCUACUGCGGCGCGCGCGUCUGGAACAUGGUCACCGCCAACCUCGUGCCGCGCGGCGCGUCGCGCCGGAUGGGCUCGGACGUGGGCCGGCUCGAGUACUACGUCUGCGUUAGCGGCCACGUCCACGGCAACUGCUGGCUCGCGCAUCUCACCUCAAGUGACGGCGAGCACGACGACUCCGACGAGGCGUCGGGAGGUAGCAGCGGCGAGGACGGCCAUGUCGCCCCGUGAGCGUGGUUGGUCCGCAACCGUUUGGUCAAUUUUCCAUGGAUUCUCAGCAGAGGGCUGUACCAUCAGCAGUGCGGCACGUAGCUAGCUAGAUUACUCGAUGUAGAUCAGAGGUUGCAGCCUCUGAUCAGAGGAGUACUUAUUUCUAGAGAGUACCGUCUUCGCGUGCUCUGAUCUCGUUUUUGGUUCAUAAUAUUCAGUUGCUGCUUUGCCGGCUUUGUUUUAAUCUCCUCUGUUUCCCUUCAGGCCGAUGUGUUUUGACUCCAAUUAGUACUCCAGUGUCCACUGGUCGUCUUUAUUGACGGCGAGAUGUAUAUGCACCUUUGUUAACCUAGAUGACCAUCAUAGUCAGUAUGCUAUUUUUGGAAUGCUCCACGCGUGCUCUAUCUUACCCGCACUUUUUUUUUGACAACUAUCUUACCCGCACUUUAUAACACACUGUACACGGAAAUUCGUAAGCGCGGACGAGCACGCCUAGUCUCGGAAUCGCCAGCCCUUCUUUCGCAUGGGAUGAGGGCCGCGUCUUGUAUCGUCAGUUGUAUACGGUAGUUACGCACGUAACUACGUAACGGCUGCACACACGUCGAUAGCUGACGGCCCUUUGGCAGUACUAGCGGCUAGGAACUGAACCCCUAAUUAAUAACUAUAGAAGGCGGUGCAUUUCCCUCCCCAAAUCGAACAUAUAAAGCAUGCUAGACUACCCACCGUUCCAGCGGCAUUGCGUUCGCGCAGCAUUUUCAACCGCACGAUGCAUUUACUAUUUGCAGUUUUACCCUGCUGUCAGGCCAACCGCUCGUUGCAUUCACACACGUCCAACCAUUAUGUAGCUCUAUGACUGAUGGGGUCGAGCGUCUAUGGGGCCACUGAGCGUAGGCUGGGUUUCUCUUGAGCUGGGUGGGCUAUUGGCUGGUGGACCGCAGUUCGUGGUUGGGUGAGAGCGACGUGAAGGGAUGGGUUUUCCCUGGUCUACUCAGACCGUGCUCUACCCUGCUGUUUCGGUGGUCCUGAUUAGCAUUUGGGCCCGCUGUGAAGUGGCUUGGGUGCUCAGAUAGCUCAUACGAGGGGGACUGCCAACUGGAUAAGAGCGGCGUGGGGGUCUCGACCAUUGGUCAGAGGCCAUGUGACCUAGCUGCCCGCAGCUGCAGCCGCCACCGCCGCCUCCCCCUCUCCUCUCCUCUCCUCGAAUUCUCCUACCUCAGUCGUCGUCGCCGCCGCCGCCGCCGUCGUCGACCUAGACGUCACCGGCUGAGACCGUUGUGGUAUGGAUAAGGAGACGGGAGGAAGAGCACAUCCUUCCCUGAUAGCGCCCCGACCUGCCAGGUCUUCCUCCUCGUCGGCCUAGGUCCGGGUCUGCUGGAUUAGAUGGACAGAAGUGGUGGAUCCGAUGGUUGCCGGAAUCCCUCAUCGUCGGAGGAAGGCGUGCGACCGGCAAAGAAAUAGGCUGAUGGAGCAGGAUGGGGUGGCGGUUCAAGUUCGGCGGCCUUCGCGUGUUGUGGUUGGCGGCGCUCCACUUCCCUUCCCCCCUGCCCUGUAUGGUGGUCUGCAGAUUAUCCUUCAAAGGAGGCCACAAAGAGCAGCGAUGGCUUCUUGGUAAUCUGCAAUUGGCCACAAAGGAUGAGGUACAUGGAGGUUUGUAAUUUCAGAUUGCCGUACCUUCCAUUGGUGUAUAUGCAAGCUACAGAGAAAACCAAAUAUGCACCAUGCCGAUAUGCUUCAUGACGAGUGUGCUUUUGUCAUCCCUCACCCUCUCAGGUUAGUGUUUUGGCCCUUUUAAUAGUUUUUUAUUUUCCUUGCUCGAGCCAGAUUGUAGGUCUGCAUAUUCCUAUAUAUGUGUUUUAUUGUUCAGUGUUGCCUCAUUGCAUCGGCCUUGCAGAUGGCCAUUAGGUGCUAACCAAGAGGUGCACGCCAUGAAUCAAACUACCGAGGGGGCAUACAAUAAUUAGGAGGGCAUGGCUAUCGCUGCGAAGCUACCCUCCCCCGCAAUCAUGCACUACUUUUCAAACGCAGUUCGCCACUGCUGUUUAAUUAGCUCCUGCAUUAGCAGCGGAUUCAGAGUUUAUUCUUCAGCAGAUUCAAUUUGCGGGAGACUCCUGUUGCAGUUUGGUGACAUAGAUCAGUGUCAAGUCGCUUAACAAAUGCAGCUAGGUUCCAUUCAGUUAGCCAAAGCCAUUGUGCAUUAAAAUUGUAGAUGUGCAUGACAGUGUGGAAAUCAUUAUGGCACGUCUAUGAGCAUGCUAUAUUCCCAUGCUACUUUCAGUUAUUAACCACUAGCUUUAUUACAGCACCCAGGAUUUCAGGGUUUGCUUUACUUAGGUUAGUAUGUACUCUACCACAGAUGAAUUGGUUAUAUCUCAUUUUAAUAUACUUCAUUAGUAAUUACUAAAUAUCUUAAGCUCGUUCUAUGGUAAAUUUUGUUUGGGUCUAUUUUUUUGGAUCAUUUCCAUAUCUACAUUUCUUCACAUAGAUUAAAAUAGCCCGCAAAAUAGCCGCGAUAGCUGCGCUAUAGCUGCCCGGGAGCCUCGCCGCUACGCUAUGGCUGCUGCCGCGAAAUCCUCCACAUAUCCCUAUAAAUGGCUCAACAAUCAACAAAUCCCUCCAGAAUCAUCUCCCCCACCAGAAAAAUUUCCGCUAUUUGCCGCGAUUGCCCGCUACGGCGGCCGCUAUAGCUGCUGGGAGAGGCCGCCGCGAAAUCGUUUCUCCCGCGAUUUUAAUCUAUGCAUUUCUUACAUAUAAAGGUAUGCUGCAAAAAUUAAGGGUUUGGAUGGUAAUUUAUGGCUGUUUCAGUUGCUGACCAUGUGAUUAUGGUAGUCUACAAUUUGCUUAUGGGUUCUUCAUUGCUUGAUUUUUAUCUCGGACAAAAGAGGGCCAGCCACACCUUUGAAAUAAGCAGCGGUCAUCCAGUCCAGAACAGACUGAAUCUGCUCGACAAAGUGUGGAAAGGCAAUUACUGCUUGGCAAAGUGUAAAAAAGGCCAGGGUAUCAUUUAUGUAGUUAUUUGGAAUGCAAGGUUAGGAAAUCCAAGAAAUAAGAUGAGAAGAGGAAUCUAGCAAAGGAAGGUGAAUCUUUUCUCUUGUGAAUACAACAAGGUUUGUUCCUGCCAGCGAGCAACACAGAUCUCAUGCAUGUACUGAUUGAUGCCUUGGUUAUAUUGAUCUAUAAAGAUAAUUUCAGCCUUCCAUGUAUUUGAACAUUUAUUGUGUUGCAGAUGAACUCUACCAUGCUUACUGAUAUACUCCUGCGUAUAUGUAUGUUUUACUAGAAGUUCCUAUUUUUUAACUAUUGCGUACCAGAAAAUUGAAUUGGCAAUGUCUGCAUAAAUAUGAUGUAUUAAAUUAUGUUUUGAGAGGGAUUUGUUCAUUUUCAAAACUAAGGAAGUUGGAUGAGCUUAAAGCACCCAUUCAUCAGUUCACUGAACUUUUCGAAUUCUAUUUUAAGUCCACAAGAGGGCAAAAUCAUUGCUCUUUCCCAGAUUAUCUAAAUCAGAUGGGCGGGCUCCAAACUGCCAGUGCCAUUUGUCGUUUUUGUGUUUUGAUUUUUACUUGAGUGCCUUUGGACCGAUGGUACUAUGGAGAGGUGACAUUAGCACGGUUGAUGGUUGCUUCUCUCCUGUAGAGUACAUCUCCUUCUAUAUUCCAAUAUAUCAAUAAAACAAGAGAUCUAUAAUAUCAUUGUUUAUGAAGUUCACAGAUUAUUGAAGAUUUUUGCUGCCAUGGAAUUGUGAGUUUGUGACUAUACAUUCUUGUGUCCUACAUGUGAAUUGAAGAUGUAUUGUCUCUGUAUGUGAAUGUCAAUAUCCAGGUAUGUAAGCAAGUCCUAACUUUUAUUCACAUAUUUAUCUAUGAAAUGCAUGCAAGCAAAUCACAUCUUACAGACAAAUGCCCCCUUAUAGGUAAAUGUGAUGAUUCAUAAAUUAACCAGUUGGAGAUCUGUAGACAGUCAGGUGUACUGAUAACUGGAGUUUAGUGCUCAAAAUCCUUCUAACCUUUCUACUGACUGUAUUUUCUUGACGUCUUUAAGAGAAGAAUGAGUACUAUUAGUCAUUCUCUAUCAUGUAUAAUAGUAUAAUACUGGAGAUGUGAAUGGAUAAUGUUCAUUUAGCAUAGUAUUAGUAGAUGAUGAUUUCUUUUCUUCACAGUCAACUCGUGUAUUUCCUGAUAUGUUCAGUCUAUUCCCAAAUUAAUUCGUAAAGUAGCCUUAACAAUUAUACAGUCUCUGUGUGUAUUAGUACUCUGUUUUCUCUGGUUUUUGGUCAGCUGGAAGAAUCAGUUUGUCAUAACAUGUGAAAAUGAUUUUAUUUACUUACGCUGUUGCUUUUAUCAGUUAGCAACGAUGUAUGUCAAAUGUAGUAAGUUAGGCAUCGCAGUGAAGCUUGGCAAAGGGACUUCUGGUGAGGCCUACAAGGCUGGAAGCACUGUAUGUAAGGUGGUACCCUCUGAUGGAUAUUCAUUUGUCAACUAAUACAUGACCACACUAGAGAAGCACACGCCGCGCACACACAAGGAUCCUAUCAGGUUCCAAAUAUGUACGUGGAUGUGGAUGAUCUUUAAAUACCUGGAUGAUUAUUCCACAUAAACAAAGUCAUAUUGUCAUUUUUAACACAAGAACAAAGCAGUGUCCCAUAACACAAAUAGCUACUGCUUGUGUUGAGUAGAAAAUCCAUUCAUUAGUUAUGGGGCAUCAAGAAGAGCAAACACCAAUGCGGUGAGACAUACCUGUUCCAUAUAAACAUGCGGAAAGUUGUAAAUCCUUUCACCUGGGCGAGGCACUGUGAUCAACGGCCUAGCCCAAGCAUGCCAUAGCUCCUUGUAUAAUGCGUCGCUAGAACUCCCUGCACAAAGGAUUCAUUAUGUGAACUAACAUGGCAAGUUUACUUUGUAGCAUGGUAAAUUUAGUUUUAUAGCAUGGUUAAAAUGCUAUGUCAGGUAUCGAACUCAAACAUAUAAACCAUGCUACGCUACCCGCCUAUCAUCCGAAGGAGGGGCGGAGUGGGUGCCAGCCAGGUAGGCGGCAGGUGGGAGAUGGCAGCCGCCGAUCUCACACGGCUCCUACGCCCUGCCACCCUCUCCUCCCCAGCUAAGCAGGAGGUUCAAGAGCAGCAACUAAGGAAGGAGCAUGUCGGCGAUAUGGGCUAGCAGCAGGAAGACACGGCUGUCAGGUGCAGUUGAUAUGCUGCCACCUCGGCCCCUUCAUGCACGACUUCCAAGACCAGGGCCUUUUUCCGAGGGAUGCGCUGUGUUUCUCUUUAUUGUUGUUGUUUGUGAUGUCCUAGAUAUUCCUUUGCUAUAUGAUUUGAGAUCAUUUUAUUGCUCAUUCCUAAAGUGCUACGGAUAAUCUGAUUGAGCUGACUAAGAUAGAUGUUCUUUUCUUUACUUGGCAUCUGCUUCUCUUCAUUUUUCUACAAUCCUUCCUUUACAGUUUGCACGCUGGUAUGUUUUGUUGCCAGGCUCAAAUCGGCGAGACCCAUGCCAAUACAUGAGGUUGAUACUUGCUCGUGCUCAUUUCUCAAAUUUAUGUUCAGGCAUAACCUCGCAAAAUUUUGGUAUGCACCACUUAUAAUCAGGGCUUGCUUAUUUUAAUUCUUGAAUUCUUUAGAUAAAUAUCUAUCAUUAGUAUUUGUAAUCAUUUUGUCGCUUAGGAUUUCCAAUUGCAUUUGAUUUCUAUGCCGACAUAGAUCUUAUUGCUCAUCAAAGGUAUCUAAAAGUUGUGUUCUCUGCAAACAGAUGGGUUGUGUUAGUCAAUAGAAUACCUAAGAUGUCAGUUUUGUUGCCAAAUAUUGUAAUCCCAGAUUUACAGAGUUCUAGAAUAGAAGAUGAUCUGGUGGUUACCUCUCUGUUAUUUACUCGAAUGACUGUACUUAUAUCUUACCUUCAAACUUUACCGGAUGUUGGUUUAGUUUCCAUCUCCAAUCAGAUUAAUGGUUUGCAGACCAAAGCCAAUGUUUUAUGGUGUUCUUAUUCCUAAUUUAGUUAUACAUUUCAUUUGUAGUUUCUUCGUAGAUAAUAAAGCAGUGGCAGAUGAACCAAUAAGUUAUCUUUGCCCAUGCUUUAUUGUAAGCAUUAAAUUUGCUCUCUGGUAUUACUUUCAAUGUGUUAUCCAUACCCAUGCUUUUUGCGGCUAUCAUGUCCUAUCAACUUAUGCAGAGUCCAUGAUAUCAUACAGUUUGAAGUCGAAAAAUUCAUGAUAUGGGUGAUAUGGAAAAGUCAUUGCCUUCUUUGCUGGAACAUUCCCUGAUUGCCUGGACUUCUUGGGUCAAUCGCUGGACGCCACCCCCGUCUCCUGGACGUCAUGACGCCGCCGAUUUCCUUGACGCCGCCUGCCACUGAUCUUCUAUAACUCAAUUUCUCCAAUUUUUCUCAGCUGUGAGCUCAUAUAUUUUUUGAGUUGUGAACUUAUUAUGUAAACUCAACACUUUGUUUUGUGACAAGUGAACUCAUUUCAUAUUCAUCUAUCAAUCAUGGUUGAAGUGUCUA